AUGCCGAGGGGAUCCUGCCCCUUGCUCUUCUUGACCCUCAUCCUGCUGGCCGCCUGCCUGGCCCAGUUCAGACCGCCCAACAGCUUCCAGUGGUUCGUGAGAGAACAAGUUGAUUUCCCCAAGACCAGCGCCACCAAUGACCAUCGCUACUGCAACGUCAUGAUGCCACGCUGGAACUUGACCACCCCUUUCUGCAAAUCCACCCACACCUUCACCCACGCCCCCGCCAGCCAGCCCCAGGCCAUCUGCGGCCAUGGUGGGACAUCUCACAGAUGCUACCACUGUGACAGUAAGUCAGGCUUCUGCUUCACCACCUGCCGGGUGGUGCCUGCCUGUAUGUACUGA